AUGCCACGCGCAGUUCGAGGUGUUCUGAUUGAAUGCGACCCAUCGGUGAAAGCGAUUAUCCUCAAAUACGACGAAGAACGACAUGACUACAUAGUGGAGGAUCUGGACGAUGACCGCCACUUGGUCAUCAAGGAGAGUCAAUUGCAGAAUUUGAAACUCAGGUUGGGAAAGGUAUGA